AGCGCAGGAAGAAGAUAAAAGAGAACUUCGAACCCCGUCCGAAGGAAAACGGAGGAAAAAAAUAAGAACAGCAUUUCCAGCCUUUGCUUUCGCCUCUCGUUUUCCCAGCCGCAACGCACCACGCGUUUUUCUUUUCCUUUGUAUUUACAUAUUUUAGUUUUCUUUCCUUUCCCUUUUUCUUUUGUCUCCAACAAAGCGAAGGGAGAGCACUCAAUUGCACUUGCUUAACUGUCCCCUUCCCUCAUCUAAGCAAGACGCAAAAGACGAGCAGGCAAGAAUGCACUCCUCUGCUUCCCCAGCUUCGCGGAGGCAACUCGCCAACAGCAUGCCAGCUUCCCUGCGCGGCAGAAGCGGCGGUGCAGGAGAGAGGGACGCGGGGACGCAACUUGCGUCGUCCGCGGCGGCCUUUUCCGCAACGGGGCCGCGCCACAUUGGUGAGGCGGCUUCCAAAGACGGCUCUCUUCAUCCGCACCGCCCCGCAGCGGCGAAAACAGGACCAACACGCAUCACGCAACAGCACCGGCAGCAGGCGCAACAGGAUCCACACGACAACGAAAAGAUGUUCGUGCACUCCAACGGCGGCACAAUGGACGCCGCCGCCGCCACACGCGAUAGCGGAGCGCCAGCAACGACCUUCGGUAAGUUCGGUGCAGCUGCUGCAGCUGCGGGUGCAGGUGGUGGUGCCUCCUCCUCGCUUGCUUCUGAUCUUCGUUUUCCAUUCGAUGUAUAUCCUUCUACUAUUAUUUUUGACAGUUACGCAGCUAAUACUACGUAUACGGCCACGCUUGAGCUGAAAAACAGGACCGCCUUCAACAAACACGUGCGGGUUGAUCGGCCUCAUGCGUGUACGACCUUCGAGCUGACGGCGCCACGCGGUGCGGAGUCGUCUUCUAAAGUCGCUCCCGGCCUCUCCGUGUCCUACACGGUGCUCUUCACCCCCACCAGCAGCACAAAAGAUUACGGGACGGAGCUCGUGGUGCGUACAGAGGAUGACCAGGCUGUCAUUGUCCCCGUCCGCGCCUACGCCAGUCGUGGGUGCCUGCAGCUGCCCUCAUCGUUGGUGCUGAAAGACGCUCCGAUGAAGGGCUCGAGCACCACGCCGCUCUUUCUGCGCAACAUCAGCGAGCGCAGCUGCGUCUGGCGCGCUGUCAUCGUUGAUCCCCCCAGCACACCAUCAGGAAGCACAACGGCAAAUUACGACGCUGCUGCUGCUGCGGCCCUUCUCGACUCCUGCCCGCCGUCUGCGUGUUUCUCUAUCACCCCUCACAACGGCGUGGUCGAGCCCCUCUGCGCCGCGGAAGGGAAUGCGGUGACGGUGGCCCCCGUCACCCUUCACUUCCGCCCUGAUCCGGCCUUAGCCGCUGCCGGCACCUGCCACGGCCUGCUGCGUUUCUUUCUUGGCCCAGAAGGAGACGUGGUGCAGGACGUGUGGCUCUCCGCGCAGGCAGUCGAGCUGCACGGUAUUGUGCUCGAGGAGACGGAGGUGACGCUGGCGGACACGUACGUCACAACGGAGCGGCGAACCGUCGUGCGGGUGCGCAACGACAGCGACGAAACCGUCGCCUUUGCGUGGAAGACGUCCUUCCGUGACACGGCCGGCGAGGUGGGAGACGAGAGCGACGUCUACGACAACGACGCCGAUGGCGAAGAUGCCACCGACGGCGCCUACGGUGUGGACGGCAAGAGGCGAUGGCGACCCACGCGGCCCACCGCGGCAACGAUGCAUAAACUUCUGUCCAGCAAGCACUACAAUCGCACGACCAACGGUGACUCGACCGCGGAGGAUCCGGAGCUGGCGCCGCCGCCGCAGCAGCAGCAACACGAGCACAACCUCGCCGACCUCUACGACGGGGACGAGUCAUUUCAGAUUCAGCCCUUGUCGGGCGUGCUGUACGGCCGCGGUGUGCGGGAGUUCACCAUCACCUUUAACCCACACCUCGCCGUGCUCUAUGAGUCUAUUGCCUACCUCGACGUCACCGGGUCGGUCCAGCGACUUCCGCUGCUCAUGCGCGGCCACGGCGUCGGCCCGCAGUGCAAGCUAGACUACAACCGCCUCGACAUCGGCGAUGUCUACCUCAACGCUGUGCAUGAGUACUUCGUCACGAUGGAGAACACGUCGGCGAUUGAGUGCCAGUUCGUCGUGAUGCCGCCGGCUGCCCCUUCCAGUGCGCCGUCCGCGAUGGUGGAGUCCGCUGCCCCCCCCGUUGACUUCGCCAGCAAAUUCAAAUUCACGCCCUCUCACGGCUCGCUGGCGCCGGGCGAAAGCGUGAAGCUAAAAAUCGUGCUGCGGUCGGACCGCAUUGGCAGCUUCGCGGAGAGCUUUCACAUUCACAUGCAAGGCGCGAUGGAGGAAGUGCCGCUGCUGCUGCGGGGACGCGUGCUCGGCCCUCACUUCCAGUGCGACGUGGACGACCUGGACUUCGGCAACGUUUCCUACAACAUGAAGCACACCCGCACCAUGAACAUCGAGAACACGAGCCCCAUUCCCAUGCACUACGCGCUGCACCUGCCGGACGACUGCGCGUACGCGUCUGACUUCGUUAUUACGCCCGCCGAGGGCGUCAUCGCGCCGCGCUCGGCGGAGGUAGUGCAGGUGCUCUUCCACUCUCGCACCGUCGGCGACUACGAGACGGCGCUGCUGGUGGAGGUGGCGGACGUCGGCGACGUGCUGGACGCCAUUCCUCUGAAGGCGACCUGCAUGGUUCCUACCCUCUACUCGAGCACGACGGAGCUGACCUACGGCGGCGUCUUUGUCGGUUACCCCACUACUCUAAACGUUUCCGUCUCUAACGACACCGCGCUGACGGGGAUGUUCGACCUGCUGCUGUUGAACGGCGAUGCCUUGACGGACGUCGUCAUGGUGGAGCUGCCGGUGUCGAGCGAGCACGACGACGGCGUGCACUGGAUCGCACCGCAUCAUACACUCCAGCUGCCCGUCACUCUGACGGCGCUGAAGCCGGGCCGGCUGCACUUCUCCCUCGCACUCCGUGUGUUGGGUCACGAUGUCUGCGAGCCCCCGAUGACGCCGCUGACGAUUCUGGUGAGCGCGGUGGCAAGCGGCCCGCACGUUGAGGUACAGCCCUCCACCGUUCAGUUUGGCGUGCUCGAUGUGCUCGCGGAGGAGGUUCGGGAGUUGACGUUGAAGAACACAAGCCCAGUGCCGGCGCCCUUCGCGCUCGUCUUUGACCGUUACGGCACCGUAAAUCCGCCCGCCAACUCCGCCGUUAGUGGUGGCAAUAGGACAGGGAGCGUGGACACGGCGUUGUUGGCAGAGUCGACGCUGCCCUUUCCUCGUGUACCCGUCUUCUCUGUGGAACCCGCGGAGGGCACGUUAGAGCCACACUCCUCCUUCACCGUGCAUGUGCGAGCAAAACCAGACGAGGCGAUCGCCUUUGUGGACACCCUACGUCUGCGCCGCACGCUGUCACAGGUCCCAACGACCCCCGGCAACGAAGUCGGCAACAAUGGCACUGAGAACGCGGCGUCGCUGGAAAACGACGUGGCGGUUUCCGUGAAGGUGACGGGCCAAGGUGUACCCAUCAUCGCCGAUCGAUCUCUGGAGAGCAUUGAGCUGGGCGACGUCCUCACAACGGUGCCCGUGAUGGAGACUGUCACGCUCCACAACUACGGUCGACGAGAGCAAGAGCUGCAGUGGCAGAACAUCCGUGGCAGCAAGGUCAAGGAAGGCGAGUCACCCAUCACCUUCAACUACAAACCAGAGCGGGCGAGCAUUGCAGCCGGCGGCUCGGUCGUCUUCACGCUGUGCGGCAGCGCUACUGAAGUCGGCACGCGCAUGGACACCUUCACGCUGAAGCAAUCCGGCACCUUCAAGGAGGUGCUGCGUAGCACGGUGAAGGCGACGUUCAUCGCGCCUACGCUAUCUUGCAGCAGCCGCGCGAUCGUCUUCGAGUACGCUAACCACGCGCCCACUGCUCCAGCGGCAACGGCAGCACCGUCUUUGGUCAAGUCGCUCACAAUGAAGAACAUUACGAGCAAAGUGCUUGUGAUUGCGCUGCGUAUAAAGUCUGCGAAUGCCGCCCCCACGACGACGUCGAACAGAACGACAAGCGUGGCGGCCAUCUCACCGAAAGGUGACGUUCCUUUUCUGCUCGAAGGCCCCACGACGGUUACCCUGUCCAGCGGAGAAUCGUACGUGGUGGGCGUGCGGUGCAACCCGCUCUACCGAGGCGACAACACCUCCCAUACGGCAAAGGGCAAGCUGCAACUGAGCUUUGACAAUCACGACCGUAAGGAGUUCGUCUCGCUUAGUGCGGUCCUGCGCUUUCCUUCCCUCGUGCUGAACCCCUCCGUUGUAGUUGAUUUCGGCACCAUCCUCACCAACACGGAGCAGCGCCGCAGCAUCGAGCUUUACAACCCUUCACACGACUUACCGGCGACCUUUUGUUGGACCUUGCGGCCGCAGACGAACGACGCAACAGCCACGGCGGCGACUGGGUCACCGAUCGAGACGAAGAGUUCCGUCGAUGGUGCCGUGGAGACGACGCUUCCGUGCAAGUCGGCGGCGUCCCGUCCCGCGACUUGUGUGAAGGUGAACGGGUUUGACGUCAUCCCCUUCGCCGGCACGCUUCUCCCGGGCGAGAAGAGAGUGGUGGAGGUGGCGUACCAAGGGACUGACAUGGGCGUUGCGCUGGCCACCGCCGUGUGCCACGUCGAGGGCGGCCCGAUGUACACGAUGGACCUGCGCGCCGCGGCGAAUGUGGUGCAGGCGCUUUGCGACAAAAGCCACCUUGACUUUGGCCGGCUGCCCUACUUCCAAUCUGUGUCGAAGGUGGUGACGCUGACGAACACGACGCAGGUGCACGUGCCGUGGCAAGUGGACCUCAGUCGCCUGCGGCACCCGGAGUGCCUGAAGGUGUCGCCCAUGUCCGGCGUGCUGCGCGAUAAGGCACGCCUGCAGGUCACCUUCUCACCACAGGUGCCGGACGCGUUUGAGGAAGAGAUUUCGGUCCGCAUUGGCCAUCUUGACCCUCGCCUGAUUCACGUGGUCGGGUCGGGUUACAUGUGCAGUGUGGCCCUCGCAACCACCACGACAGCCACCGCCGUGGCAAACGGCAGCGGUGCGAGUGGAAGCGGGAGACAGAACAUGGUCCACGUGUACCGUGCACCGUUCGGUGCCUUCACCAGUGCUUUGCAGGAUGUCGAGUCGCGUCUCGCGUCCACCGCCUCUCCAUCCUCCGCCGCACCGGCAGAGCUCCCUACCGUGCUGCAGCGGGAUUGGCCGAUCUUGGAGGCCGAACGGCUGGCGUUCUGCCGCGCCAUACACGAAAAGGAAAGCAUCAUAACCGCUGCCGCAGAGGGUGUGACCAGGCCGCCAGUGUUUCUGACACCGCGUACGAUGCGGCGCAGCUCCGGGACGGCGCUGCGCAGCAGCGGAUCAGGCAUGACGAAGUUGGCCCUCGCACGUUACAUCGUCGACUUUGGCCACCUCACACGUCACGACGUGCGCAAAACGAAGCUGACCAUUGCAAACCCUUCCGCGGAGGGGGUCAGUGUGGUGCUCGACGCCAAGGAGUUUGCCAACCUCCCUGUCUCGGUGGACCCCGUGAAAGGGUUUAAGAUGGCCGGGCACGAGACCACCACCAUCACGUUAACGAUGGAUGCUACGCAGCCGGAGAGCAUGGUGCCGCACGGUGAAAACACGCACGAGUUCACGCUUGAUAUCAAAAACGGCCCGGCGGUGGUCAUUGAGUGUCGCUGCUACGUCGCCACACCCUCGUUAAGAGCUAAGGAAAAGGAGGUGGACUUUGGCGCGGUGCUGCUCGGCGAGGUGAAGGUGCUGCCGCUGGUGCUGACAAACCCGGAGGCGGUGACCUGUCCGUGGCGCGUCACCUGCAAAGAGCUUAUUGAGGGCGAUGCUGCGCACCAGAGCCGUUUCGGCAGCCGAUUAGAGCUUCGCGAUGAUGUUGCAGAGCUCGGUGGUUCUGCUGCUACUGCCCCCAACAGUGACGAGAAGGGAGGCCCGUACAGUGCGCGGCGAAGUUUAGCAGGUAAGGGCAACGGCGAGUCUGCGGACGGCGCCAUUCCCGAGUUCUGGGUGAAGCAAGAUCAUGGCGUGGUGCCGGCCUCCGGCACUCUGACGAUCGAAGUGUACUACGCACCGAAGAACUUCCGCGCGAAGAGCAGCGGUGCCAACGCUGCGGCGGUGACAUCGGCUGCGCAGCUGAAGUUCCGCUGUGGCACCGGCUCGGCGAGCAGCUUCCUCACCAUCAAGCUCACUGGCAGUGGAGAGCAUUACCAGCUGGGUCUCAGCACGGAGCAGCUGCACCUGCCUCCGGUUCCCCCCCAGCAGGUGCUGCACGAGUCCGUCACUAUCACGAAUGACGAAGACCACCCUGUGGAGAUCUUCAACCUAGCACUCGACUCGCAGCACGCAAAUGAGGUGAAGCUGCUGCGUCGUGCGUUGGAGAGCAGUGCGGCACACGAGGUGCUGCUACCGCACAUCGAAGCCGGUGACUACCUUCCUGACACGCUUUUGGACUCCGUGUUUGACUGCCUACGCUCGAAGUCAGACGCGCUGACGGAGGUGUCGCCUGUGUCUGCCGAUGCCGCCGCGGCUACUGGAACUGGCGAGAGCGCAGACGCGGACGGGGCCGCCGGCAGGAACGGCAAUCACAAUAAAAAUAAAGCGGUCGGUAAGUCGCGCGGUAGCGUAAACGGGGCGGCGCAGGCGGCGGCGGCCGGAGGCAGUAGUAACACCCGUGGCAGUCGCAAGGAAAGCCGCCGGGCUUCGGUGAAGUCCGCCACGGGAGAUGCUGCGGUGAACCCCGCGGGCGGCGCGAACACGCUCGGAGACGCCGGCGGCGUCAAGAGCGCCAACGCGGGGAGCAGCAGUGGUGCGCCGCCGAGCUUGCUGAUGUUGGUUGGGCCACCACGGAGUGGCAAGACGUCCGUGGCGCAGCAGUGGCUGUCGAAGAGCGACGGAAGGACGACUCUCGUGGACGUCGACGCGCUCGUUCGCGCAGAGGCGGAGCGCGACGACACGGCAAACGCCGCUGUUGCCCGAUGCCUCCUCACCCGCGCAGCGGAAGAGGAAGCGGCCGCUGCGGCGGUGGUGUCUCUCGCGGGGAACUCGCCUCGUGUGGAUGAAAAGGACGUCAAGGCGGCCAUUUCCUGUGAGGCCUGCGUGCCUACCUUAAUACGCGAUCUGCUGCAGUCUUUCUUGAACCGUUGCAUCGUUGCCGAAAGGUCCCGCGUGGCAGCUGCGACAGCGGCGCUUGAUGAACUCAACGAUGUGCCGCGGCCGAACACCACCACCACCACAAACAACAGCAGUCCCGCUGCUGCACCGCUGCGCUUCGUUGUGGACGGCUUGAAGUGCGGUGUGCUGGCCAAUCAAUGGACCCUGUACGAGCUCAUCUCCAGCGUCUGUGCCACGCUGCACAUCCCUGUCCACAUUGUGUCGCUCCACGUGAGCACUCCCACGUCAAACGUGCGGGCGGCGCGCGCCCUGGCGGCGCAUCAUGCAGCACGUGUGGCCGCUGCCUCCGUCACCCCACUGGACGAGGCGGCAUUCGAGGCCCUCAGCAAGGACGAUCGCGAGGACUACAACCGCCGCCUCAAGUACAUGAAUGACUGUCGCCGCGACUUGCAUGCGGCGCAGCAGGAGGAGCGUGACUGGGCGGCGCAGCUUCCCCACACGUCCGUCCAGGAGGAGCUGGAGGAAAGCGUGCGUCAGCAACAAGCAGAGGCGGCGCUGGAGGCCACAGUGCGGCCGUCGAAGACGACGAGAGUUGCGCCAGCGAGGCGCACGAGCGAGGACAGGUCAGCUGGGCAGCGCGAGCCGGAGUGGAAGUCGUUGGAUGCUGCGGCACAGUUUGAUGCGUGGUACAGGCGAUUCCUGCAGAAGUGCGGCUGCCCGCCUAACAGCACCAACGGCACAGUGACUGGCGCGGCUGCGGCCCCUGCGGCAUCAACGUCCACACGCCCCACGGGGAACGCGAAGGCUGCUGCUGCGGCUGCCAACGCUCUCGCGCAAGAGGCAAAGGCGAGCUGGUCCCAGGUGCUCCGCGUUAUCGCGGAAACGCGUGAACCCACUGCCGUGGCGGACGACGUCGUGCAUCAACUUGCGCAGAAGAGCGGCAGUGUGGGUGGUGCUCUUGGCGCGACGGCUCACGGAAGCGUGGAUCCCAAGUCCACGGCUGACGGUACCACGGCGGCGACAGCAACAACGAAGACAGAGACAACGUUGAUUUUGUCCGCACUCGCGUCUGCAGCAGGGAGCGCACCGCAAGGAAGGCCGUUGGAGGCGUUUGAGAGUCGGGUGGGCGAGUGGUUCUACCUCAACGAGGCGCGACUGCGCUACUGGACUGCGGAGCGUGUCUUGGGUGCCAGAAGCGGCUCGGUCAGUAUGUCUUCCCCCAGCGGAGAGGGCGCCAGUGGCGAGGCAAGGGCGGUGUCGGCCGAGUCGGCGGUGACGGAGAACUCGAGCCCCACGACCAACAGACCGGCGAACGCGGGCGAUGUCAAUGCCGAAGAUGCAUCGCACCACAACGUUCGCUUUUUUUCCACUGUGGAGCGUGAGGUGGUCCCGGUGAAGAAGACGGGCUCAAAGAAGAAGUCGAUGCCCUCCUUCGUGCUGCAGAAGGAGGAAGUCACGCGGUGGACGCUGCCCGCCCACUCGUCGGUCACCCUCUCGCUCGAGUUCUGCAGCGACCACGUGGGCAGGUUCGUUGAGAAGUGCAUCUUUGGCGUGGUGGGCUCGCUGCAACAACUAUGCCUGACGGUGUCGGCGACGAUCGCCCUGCCCGACAUCAGCCGCGAUCCAAAGGACAUCUUCCCGGUGGUGCGUCCGCGUAUUGGCGUGGGAAGCGGUGGAGCGGCGGGCGGGGGAGUUCGUCGCAUGCCGAAGGUCUACGCCACGUCGAAGAAGCUGUUCGACUUUGGUGCGCUGCUGAUUGCUCCGCCGCCCACCGCGAAGGGUCGCCGGCGCAGCGGUGGGCCCAGCAGCAGCACCCUCAGCCCCGCGGAAAAGGCCGCGCUCGCGCAGAAUACGGCGGGACGGCCCGCCAACGCCGACCACGUCGUGGUGGACGCCGGCCCGAACGCCAACACCCCGUUUGAGGAGACGCUCUCCUUCAUGAACCGCGAACAGGCGGAUGCGGAGGUGACGCUGUCGUUUGUGAACGACAAGGAGAAGACCUUCACCGUCACGCCAACCUCCUUCACGCUGCGGCCCGGUGCGACGCAGCGCGUGCAGCUCCGCGCCAACCCCGAGAAAGCCGGCGACUUCAGCAACACGUUGAUGGCCAGCAUCAAGGACAAUCCCGUGCCCUGGAAAGUGGAGGUGAUGUGCACCGGUGCCCGGCCCAGCCUCUCUGUGAACGGCGUGAAGGAGUCGCUGGAGGUGGACUUUGGACGGCUUGUUUUGCGACGCAGCGUUGGGCGGUCCUUCACGUUGGCGAACGAAGGCGUUGUCCCACUCUCUUGGCGGCUCGUCCCUGUGCAGGAGGUGAGCACUCGUGGCGAGAAAGGUGGUGGUAGUGGCGGGGGAAGCAGUGGCGCUGCUGUAGCAGGUUCCAGCGUGUCGUCGGCAUCGGCCGUCUCGCAGCUGCCCGCGGAGCUGCAGUGCAGUACGAUGGAGGGUGUGCUGGAGGAGAACGAGGUGCAGACGCUGGAUAUGACGUUUGCGCCGACGCACCCGUGCCUGCACAACCGCGUUGUCAACUUCCUUGUGUCCGAGGUGGGGCAGCCGCAGUCGGUGUACGAAACCAUCCCCAUGACGGUGAAGGCGGAGGGAUACGAUGUGGUGGUGGAGUGGACGCGGGAGCUGCAGCUGGGCGUGCUGCACGUCGGUGAAGAAAAGCGCGAGGCGAUCCGCAUUAUGAACAAGUGUCCCUACGACGUUGGGUAUCAACUGCGCAUGCCGAGGCGGCUGCAGAAGGUGUUGACGCUCUCAGCUCCCUCUGGCACGCUGCGGGGGAUGAUGGGCCACAAAGACGCCGCCAUCGCGACCAUCGACGUAGUGGCGCGGAUGGAGAAGGAGGGCGAGCUGCCGGCGAAGCUGUCGGUGAUGGAGGUCGCCUUCUUUGACGUGGAGAAGCAGGAGCUGCUCUACCCGCUGCAGACGAUUCCGGUGUUUGGGGAGGCGUGGUACACGAAGUAUGUCGUGCAGCCCCCCAGCGUCUCCUUCGGCUCCUGUGUGGUCGGGCAGCCGCGGGAGCGCACCUUUCAGCUUACCAACACGGGACGGUUUCCGCUGGAGUACUCGCUCUUUAACUACUGCGACGCAGCCACGGCAGCGGGUACGGCGAAUGCGGGGAGUGUCACUGCUGGAGGAUCCGUAGCCGCAGCGCAGGGCGGAGAUGCCGCCACCCAUGCCACCGGCGGGGCAGAGGGGGCCCCUGUUCAGCGAAAGUCCAUGAAGUUCCUGAAAGCGGUAGAGACCGACAUUGCGGUGGGCGCCUUCACGUGCCGUCCGGGCCAGGGCGUGGUGCCGGUGGGCGGGACCCAACUGAUCACCGUGAGCACGGUGCCGAGUCAGCAGAACCGCAUCCACGAGACAAUCGGCGUGCGUGUGGCGCAGAGCGGGCCGGAGCUGGAGCGUUACGGGACGCCCGUUGAGGUCUCCGCCUACCCCGCCGCCCCGUCCAUCGCGGCGAACCUCACUUCUAGCGCGGACGUGGAGACGAUCUUCGAGGAGCAGCGGGUGGUGUACCGACUAGAGCAGCUACCGAAGGGCGCACGAGCCUACAGCAAAGAGGAGCGCGUCUUUUCGUUUGGGACGGUGCUGGUGGGCCAGCGCUGUGAGGAGCGUUUCCGCAUUGCGAACAGCAGCCCGCUGUCGUGCUCCGUGACGGUGCAGCUGGAUGGCAUUGCUGCGUUGGGCAACAGCGGUGGUGGAGGGGUGCCGGGCACCGCCACUGGUUCCCGAUCGGUUGGUGUCAGCAGCAACAGUGGAGGUGGUGGUGCGAACGCAGGUGACGCGGGCAGACCGGAUGGCUUCGACCUUUCGGUGGAGGGCAAAAGUGGUGCCUCCCCGGCGCAGUCGAAGGGGUCCGCUGUCAGAUUCUCGUUGCCGCCCUUCGAGAGUCGCUUCGUUACCGUGGGCUUUACGCCAAGCUCUCUGAGUCGUCUGCAGGCGCAGCUCAUCGCCACCGUGGAUAGCGUAUCGACCUCGAUGGAGGAGCGCGGUGAUGUCGGUCAGCAGCUCCGCUUCGGUCUGUACGGCGAGGGGACGCUGCCGACGGUGGACCUCGUGCUGCCCUGGCGCUACACGUCGGCCGACGCCGGCGUCUCCCAGCCCGCGGUCAUCACCACGGCGGAGCACCUGCGUGGCGCGGACGGCCUCGCCGGGGGCGAAAAGAGGAAGGGCGCGCGCCGUCGCCAAGGUGGCGUUGGAUCGGUGCCCAAUUCAAACCUGCACACGGACGGCCACACCGUUGGCCCGGGGACGGCGGAGGUGCUGGAGCUGCCCGUGACGCGUGUCGAUGCGGUCUCGAAGCGCAACUUUACCGUUCGCAACACGGGAUGCGUGGAGGCGCACGUGCAGCUGGAGUUGAUCUCUGGCAGCGCCGCGGGUGAUGAGCCGCUCCACUCGACUGCUUCCCUCUCGAUGAGUCCGGGUACCGUGGCGGGCGCCCAACCGCAGGAACCAACAGAGCCGCGGCGCCAACUGGAGGUGGUGGUACCCGCGGGGGGAUCAGAGGAGAUCGAAGUCAUCUAUGCCCCUUCGCAGGUGGAGUCGACAACCACGCGACUGCGCCUCACGCUGGCCCACAACCCCUUCGAGGACAAGGAGAUCCAAGUUGUGGCGCGCAGCUUCAAGGGCGAAAUCUCCUUCGAGGGCAUCGACCCCGCCAGCUCGGACUACAUCGACGUCGGUGACUGCUACCUCGGCGUCGACAAGACCUGCUCGUUCACCGCGCGCAACAACACGGACUCGCUCGUGCGGUACGUGUGGGAGGUGCCCGAGACGGUCCGCAUUACACCAUCGAUUGGGCACUUGCCCGCCGGUGCGACGCGGGCGUUCACGGCAACGGUGCGCAGCCCGGUGGAGGGACUGGGUCGGCGGGUGUGCUGCGCCUUGCAGGCGCAGUCCAUCAUGGUGCAGCCUGCCAACACGAUUGGCGGAGCCAUGGCUGGCAUGCGAAACGCGACGGCAGCCGCGAUGCCCAGCGCGACAGCGUCGGAGUGGGACAACUCCUUACAAAGCCCGAAAUGGGUGCUGCGCGGCGACGACACCGAGGCGCACCCGAACGCGGCCGCCUACCUCUCCGCCGCUGCUGCAAUGAUGGGGCGACGGAACUUGAAGCAAGUCAUGGAGGCGGUUCCAGAGCCGGCCUACUCCGUGGUGGACGAGGUGUGUGUCACGCAGCCGCUGACGAUGGGGUUCCGCUGCAGCGUGCCAACCUACCAGUGUCAUCUUGUGGGUGGCUCGACAGCUGGUAUGGAGGCAGCUUCUGCUUCCAUGAUGUCUACGACGGCGUUAAUGAAAGAACUGAAGGCCAUUUCCUUCCCGCAUACGUACCUGCUGCAGACACGCGUCGCCGUAGUGCGCGUUAUCAAUACCGGCAGCGUGGCGCUCCCGUACAGCUGCAGCAUCUCAGCGAGCGAUUUUCCUUCCAAUGAGAAGGAGACGCCGACCGACCCGACAGCAAGCACGGCGGAGGCGCAGACGACCGCGCCUUCGUGGACGGCCGCGCAGCUCAGCGCCGCUGCCGCCGCGGGCGGGAUCACGGACAGCCCGAGUCGCGACACCUUCUCAGAGCCGCACCUCACUGCUGAUUUUGGCGUAACAUCUUCCGCCUGGACGCGGGCCGAUGCCGCGCCGUCAGAUGUGCACGUUGUCGAGGCGGGGUCGCAGGUGGACCUCAAUGUGGAGUUCACGCCGCGCACGGUGGGUCUGCUAGGUGCGGAGCUGCUGCUGCGCUUCCCUCACAGUGAACCCCGCGAGGUGCAGGUGUCCCUGCAGGGAGUUGCGGAGUGUCCGUUGGUGCACUUCAAGGUGCCGCCGCCACCACCACCCUCGUCCGUCCUCGCCAAGUCUCUGCAGAGCGGAGCCGAAAGCCGCUCCCCGUCGCCCGUAUCCACAACGGGUGGGGCGCAGGGUCAGGAGCAACCAGAGCCGCUUGUGGUGGAGUUUCUCGCACGUGGGCUGCACACCAAGGCAACGGUGCGCUUCCCCGUCGUGAACCCCACAUCUGGGUCGUACAACUACGAGUGGUUGGAGGAGUCGGGUAGCGCUGCGUCCGCGGCCGGUGAUGGUGGUAGUGCAAGGGUGGUCGCAGCCGGCGGGGCGGGGAUGGUGUCUGGCAGUGGAAUGUCACCUUUCCGCUGUUUGACCUCGUCCGGUGUUGUCGCAGCAGGGCGGAGCGUCGAGGCCGCGUUUGAGUUCUUCGCGGACGCGCUCGGCGUGCGUAAGUCGGACUGGACCUUCCGCAUUCCGGGUCGCGCGACCAUUCCCUUCCGCCUCAUCGGCAACGUCGUGGAGCCGAACGUGUACUUCCACGCCAGCAAGGUGGACUUCGAACACGUGCAGGUUGGCACGCGUGUCGAGCGCGCCGUCGUGCUCGAGAACUGCGACGACGUGGCCUUCUCCUUCGCGUGGGACAAACUGUCUUUAGAGGGGACGGCGACCUUCUUGUCCGUGAAGCCGCUGCGUGGCACCAUCGCACCACGGGAGCGUCUCGCGGUGUUGCUGAGCUUUGCGCCGCAGGAGGAGAUGGAGUACAAUGUGCCGCUGCGCUGCACCGUCAAAAAGUCGAGCUUGCCGUUGUCCAUCAACGUGAAGGGUGUCGGCAUUUGCGUGCACGACGCACUGCAUGUGGAGCCGGCCACUGCCACGGCAGAGGAUGCGGGUGAGGAGAGUAUUCCGGUGCUUCGUGGGCAGCCGCUGACGCUCGACCUGGCGCGGGUGCAGGUGAGCUCCACGGCGGCACGGCGGUUCGUGCUGCGCAACACGGGCACCUACCUUCUUCGCUACCGCGUGGACAUACCGACAAACCCCUGCGUCCACUUCGACCACGCCGAGGGCACCGUGGAGGCGGGACAAAGCGCAGAGAUGCUGCUGCAGUACACGCCGAUUGCGGAGGAGACGUUGAAGCAGUGUCGGCUCAUCUUCCGCAUCGAAGGCAGCGUGGCGUACAAGGUGAGUUUGCGGGCCGUCGCGUUUCUACCCCGGCUUCGGCUGAACUUUGACCGCUACGACUUCGGCCCGCGCUUUAUUGCCGCCUUCAACAGUACCCUGUCCGCGUCGCUGUCGGAGGCGGGUUCCGCCAAUGUGGCGGAGGAGCUUCUGCAGGCGCAGCGGGGCGGGUCCGUGUCUCAGGAGCUGCAGCUGACAAACGUAGAGUCGGAGACGAUCUCAGUCGAGUGUGGCAUGGCGACGCAGAACGCGUGGCUCAAACUCGACUGCACGUCCCUCGUGGUGCGGCCGAAGGAGACGGCGCGGCUGAAACUGACGUUUGCACCGACAGAGAUACGCUACUAUGAGGAUGUGCUGGAGCUGUGCCUCAACAAGGUGCACACGACGCGACUGCCGAUCGCAGGCGAGGGGGUCGCGCCGCGGGUGGAGGUGGCGGAGCCGUUUGCGGAGUUCGGCACCGUGCGUGUGGGCGAGCCGCGCUCCGUGGCCGUGAAACUGCAGUGCCUCAGCAAAGUCCCCACGCCGGUGUCGUUUUCACGCACGGUGGACGAGGAUCUGCAGCGCAAAGGUGUCUCGAUCGUUUUGCCCGGGCAGGGCAACGCGCUCUCGUCCAUGCUGCUGCUGAAGCCAAAAGAAAUCAUCAGCGUGUCCGUCGUUUUCGCGCCGACGCAUCGCAUGAGUGAGUUCAACCGAGAGAUGAAGAUGCUCGUGUGCGGUGUGGAGCUGCCGUUUGUGUCGGUGAGUGGGUCGUGUGCCGAUGCAGAGGUGCACCUGGACACGUCGCAUAUCGAGUUUCGCGACGUCGUGCUUGGUGCCUCGGCGACACGGAAGGUGGUCAUCUUAAACAGCGGCGAUGUGUCGCAGAAGUUCUCGUGGAUCAGUGGCCUGCAGCAACUCAAGCCGGCGGGCGAGUGGAGCAUCACUCCCUCGACGGGCUUCGUGCGCGCCCACACGGAGGUGCCGUGCGAGGUGCGCUACACCCCCAAUCCCAAUGUCGGCGGCAACAGUGGCCGGCGGAAGGCAGGAUCUAUGGCGGGCCCAUCUCUGCCCCCAGCGACCUCUUCUCCACCCCAGCCAUCGUUAUCGGUACCACGGCCGACGUUCAACGUAAAACUGGAGCUAGACAGCGCACCGCCCGUGUUCCUCAGUGUGGACGCGAACGCGGUGACGCGUCCAGCCGCGACGGAGACGGUGUCCUUCGCCUGCCGCGCACGGGAGAGCGACGUGAAGACGAUCGAGGUGGAGAACGCAACGGACCAGCCGUGGUCCGCGGAGCCGGUGGUGGACAACGCUCUUUGGAGCUGCCCCUCCAUGGUGACCUUGAAGCCACUGGCGAAGGCGGUGGUGGCGGUGACCUACAAUCCAACCCGGUCUACCGUUAUUUCUAACACUACGAGCUUGCUGCGUGGCAACGCCGCGACAACCGGUGCAGCAGCAUCCGCACCCGCACCAGCGCCAUCAGCAGCAGCCGCGGAAGGGAUUGACAAGACACGACAGGGCACCACCGCCGCCCCACCGCCGCUGCAACACCAGAAAGAUCGCGGCUUCUUCUUCAUUCCGCUGCCUGACGGUACGGGGCGGUGUGUGGCGUUGGAAGGGACGGCCGAGCCAGCGGGGCCGGCGGGACCGCUGCAGCACUACGAUGCCGUGGCCCACGUGGGUCUCCCGCUGCGUUUCCAGGUGCACAACUGGUCCUUGUCGAAUGCUAUGCGCUUCCGCAAGGAGGUGGAGUGGACUUCAGGGCCAGUGAUGGAGAGCGGGGAGUCGGGUGCGCAAAUCGCCAUGCGCGUGCACGAGAGUGACACGGAGACUCCUGCGCCGAAGAAAGGCGGUGACGUGGCUUCUCGUGCCACGGCCAAAGUCAGUUACACCGGAGCAUCCAAGAAAGGUCCAAAUAAAGUCGGUGGUGCGCGGAAAUCAGCAGCGGCAGCAGCAGCGGCAAACGCAGCGGUGUGCGGUGCGAUUGAGAUUGCACCGUCGUCGUCGUCGGAGUUUUCGCUGUUGGUGACGCCGCUGCGCGAGGGCACCUUCCGCGGUGUGGUUCGUUUCUACCCCAUCGACAAGAAUGGCGCACCGCUUGCUGACGAGGAGAUGCGGCAGUUCUUCGAGGUGGAGAUCAACGCCGAGCCUGCACCGGCCGCUGCCCCAACGGUUGUCGAGCUGCGCGCUGCGAUUCGCGACCUCGCCACGUUCAACAUCCCCCUGACAAACCCGCUCGCGAAGCCGGUGGAGUUCACCUUCAAGUCGAACGUGGUCGACGGUGAUGCGUCCACUUCCCCGGUCUCCGCUUCCGCGGCGGCCAGCGCAUUGGAGGGUCUCUCCUUGCCCACCUCCGUUGUCGUGCCGGCGCAGAGUCGCGGCAAGGCAGCUGUGACCUUCUUCCCCCUGCUGUACAAGAAGACGCCUGCCGCGGUGCAGUGUGCGGUGAGCUCCGCCGAUCUCGGCACGAGUGAGGUCUACCUGUUUCGCCUGACGACCACGACCAGCACGGCAGCCCCGGAGAGACCGACACAGGUGGUGUGCCCUCUCGGCCAGCACGUGUCCUUCGUCCUCCGCUUCACCCACUAUUGGAAAGCGAACACCGAGUUUGCGAUCCGCCUCGGCGGAGAGGUGCCGGGCAAGGCGCACUCGAGCUUUAGCCGCGUCGCAGGCGGCGGUGGUGGUGGCCAGGGUGCGUCCGUGAAGGCCAGCGCCGCCCCCCCUGCUGCGAAUGCUGCUGGAGGCUACGCAACUGCCGGCUCGUCAGCCCCGAAAGGGCAAGAGGUGGUGGUUGAGUUCAGCUAUGAGCCGUCCGAGCUGGGCGAGGAGCGGGAGACGAUUGAGUUCGUGUCGCCGGCGGCGGGCUCCUAUGUGUUCCCGAUCGUGGCCAACUGCAUCGCACCACAACGCCAAGGCCCUUUCUCCACCCGUGCCGGGCAGAACUUGCAGCUGCCCUUCAAGAACGUCUUUAACGAACCCGUAAGCAUCUCCGUCACUUCCGACUCCGCCGCGUUUGUGCCGGCGAAGAAGACAGAGGUAAUCCCUGCGCACAAGGCGGUGAAUGUGGUGUUGCAGUGCAAGGCGGACGAGGACAAAGAUGUGGUACGCGGGCGCGUGUCGAUCACGUGCACACCGCCCGGUAAAAGCACGCAGCAGACGGUGGAGUGGCUGUACUACGUGGAGAUGACUGGUAGCACUGAACACGGCGGUGCGGGGAAGCAAAGUGGCCGCAAGAAGUAA